AUGAAGCACAGGAAGAACAACAAUCUCUCAGUAUUUGUUGUGGUAUUCUCUGUAUUUCUCUUCGGUGUCUUCAUGUACAAUGAGGACGUGAAGUCAAUUGCUGAGUUUCCAUUUUCAUGGCCUAAAUCUCAAGAAAUCCUAGAAGAGCCAUCAACAGGAGCCACCUCAGUUCAAGAUACCCUCAAGAAGGACCAAGAACUCCCGGAUUCUGUUAGUUCAAGAACUUCACUGGAAGAACCUCAGGUUGAUCAGGACCCUGAAGAAAAUCAAGAAUCUGACAAUUUGAAGGUUAGUGAAUCAAAAGAAGAUGAUGAAAAGAUUGAAUUGCCAGUCAUUGAAGAAGAUGAUGAAGAUGUUGAAUUGCCACCCGAAGGGUGUGAUCUUUUCACAGGACAAUGGGUUUUUGACAACGAGACACAUCCUUUGUAUAAAGAAGAUGAAUGUGAGUUCCUUACAGCACAAGUGACUUGCAUGAGGAAUGGAAGAAAGGAUUCUUGGUAUCAGAAUUGGAAAUGGCAACCUAGAGAUUGUUCUUUGCCAAAGUUCAAGCCAAGGCUACUGCUAAACAAGUUAAGGAAUAAAAGGCUCAUGUUUGUGGGGGAUUCAUUGAAUAGGAAUCAGUGGGAAUCAAUGAUUUGUUUUGUUCAAUCUGUAGUCCCUCCUGGAAGGAAGAGUUUGAACAAGACUGGAUCUUUAGCUGUGUUCAGAAUUGAGGACUAUAAUGCGACAGUUGAGUUCUAUUGGGCCCCAUUUCUGGUUGAGUCAAAUUCAGACGAUCCAAACAUGCACAGCAUCUUGAACAGAAUAAUCAUGCCCGAAUCAAUUGAUAAACAUGGAGUUAACUGGAAGAACGUCGACUACCUGAUUUUUAACACAUACAUUUGGUGGAUGAACACUUUCAGCAUGAAAGUUCUACGUGGAUCUUUUGAUGAAGGAUCCACUGAAUACGAUGAGAUCGAACGGCCAGUAGCGUAUAUGAGAGUUUUGACUACAUGGUCUAAGUGGGUGGAUAAAAACGUGGACCCUAACCGGACCACCGUUUUCUUCAGUAGCAUGUCUCCUCUUCAUAUCAAGAGCUUAGACUGGGAGAAUCCGGAUGGCGUAAAAUGUGCCAAGGAGACAACCCCAAUUCUGAAUUCAAGCAUGCCGUUGAAUGUGGGCACGGACCGUAGGCUUCUUGUGGUUGCAGCCAAUAUUACUGGAUCAAUGAAAGUACCCGUCCAUUUUAUAAAUAUUACUAAACUAUCUGAGUACAGAAAAGAUGCACAUACGUCAGUCUACACUAUCCGUCAAGGCAAAAUGCUAACACCGGAGCAGCAAGCUGACCCGGCAACAUAUGCCGAUUUUAAAGUGGGUGGGAUGGGGAAGAGGGCGGUUGGAUGA